UUUGUGUAUUUUCCAUGUUCACUUUAUUUUAUUUCGGAAACCAUGGAAGAGUAUGAGAAUAUAUACAAACACUUAUGUCGUGUGUGUUUAAAACAAAAUAAUAAGCAAAACAUGGUAUCUUUAUUAGAUUUUACCAGCGUUGACGGCUUAAGUUGCUUUGGCAAAGCCAUUUUAGCCUUCGCGAGUGUUGACAUCCAAUCUAACAAUGUUUUUCCUACUUUGAUGUGCAAUGACUGUUUAUAUUCCCUAAAACAAGCUAUUUAUUUCAAACUAAAGUGCGAAACAAGUGAUAAACAGCUUAAAAAGUUGGCAAAUCAGUGUUUUUCUGAGACUGAAAUCAAAACAAAAGUCGUCGAAUAUGCAAUGUUUCAAAGUUAUUUUACUAACGAAGAUCUGCGAGGGUGUUCAAGUUCUAACAUAAAACUUGAAGUAAAACCCAAGGUAUUCAUGCAAAACAUCGCUGGAAUAGAUAAUCUGGAUAUGGAAUUACCUGCGUCUCAAGACAGUUUCAGUGAUAAUUUUCCGGAUAAUUCUGAUGAAUAUGUUUGUAAUCCACCUUAUUCCGACGAAAAACCUACCCAAUCACAAGAAGAGGCAGAUGUCAUUCUGAAUCGCAUUGAAAAACUGAUAGGCUCAUAUGCAGAUAUAUCAAUGGAAUUUAAGAAAAGUUUUAAAAAGCAAACUUUCAAGCGGCAUAAAAAACUCGCUCGAAGACAACAAAUGAAAUUUCAAAACAUAGACUCGUUUAACUGUAACAUUUGCCACAGAGUCUUGGCUAACAAACAUUCAUAUGAUAAUCAUAUGCAGAGACACAAUGGGUGUAGAUUUGUCUGUGAACAUUGUGGCAAGGGGUUUCCAGUACUUACUGAGCUACAAGUACAUCAAGUGUCCGUCCAUGGUACUGGACCAUACUUACAAUGCCGCCAGUGCCCAUACAAAGCUCCGCGAAAGUUUAGUCUAACUGAGCAUGAAAGGAUACACACUGGUGAACGUCCAUACACUUGUGAAAAGUGUGGUUUAACAUUCCGAAGAAGAUUUGUAUGGAAGAAGCAUCUCAUCUACCAUAAUGAGAAAACUAUUCAAUGCAGUUUAUGUCCCCGUAAAUUCUAUCUGCGGAGUGAGAUGUUAGCGCAUUGUAAUAAUGUUCACGAGAGGAUGUAUGUGUACUUGUGUAAUAAAUGUGGAGCCACCUAUGCAAAGGCGGCUACUGUCAGGCGGCAUUUAACAGAAAGACAUGGUGUGCCAAGAGAAGUGCAAGGCAAGGUAAUUAGGAUUAAUAAAGGGAAGGGUGAUUUUCCAGAAUAAGUUACAUAGUACCACAGUAAAUUAAAAGUAUUUUAAACAAUGUACUAAAACUGGUUUAUUAUUUCAGUAUAUUUUUGACUCCUUGCCAUCAACAAAAUGAAAGUACUUUACCCUCUAGCAGCCUAUGCGUCAAAACUUGCCAAGACGAAUGCAAUUUUGAUUUGUUGAAAUAAAGAUUCAAAUUGGAAUGGAAUGGGAGAUCUUUUUAUAGGCCUCUGGGUGGCUAGAGGCUAAACAAUUUGAUCAACCUUAUUUUUGAAAGUACUUAAUUAUUCUAUUGUGAUUGAAUAAUUUAUGCACUUCCACUAUGUAUAGGUUGUGAAUUUAUUUUUCAAUUAACUAUAAUAUACAUAAUGUUGCUAAGUGAAUGAGAUGAUAGCCUUGACAAUAAAUGUAUACCUACAUUCAUGCUCAGG